ACACUUGUUUGCAGUCGGCACUGCGCGCUCAAGUCUUCAGUUUGUAGUUCACUCUCGAUUUCUUUGGGAGAUAGGCCUAUUACACUAGAGAGUAGUGUGUUGUAGUUUUUUUAGUUAUCUGUAGUUCCGUGUGUCAACUUGUUGAUUUGCUGAAUCUCUCUUCUGUUCUCUUGAAGCCCCACGUGUGAGGAUAUCCGGAUUCUGAUAGUUUCUUAAACGUUCUCCAGAAUGGGGUUCGGCUCAGAGAUGGACGGGUGUGGACAAUUUGUGAAAUAUAGUAUGUUUGCUGCCAACUUUGUCAUAUUUGUGGGUGGCAUAACAGUGUUCGGAAUUGGCAUCUGGACUCUGAUGGACAAAUCGUUCAUCAAUGAGUUGCUGGGCACAAAUCUGUUCAUGGGUGCCGUCUACAUUCUCAUUGCGACAGGAGCCCUCGUGUCUCUAAUCGCGUUCUUCGGAUGUCUGGGCGCCAUCAAGGAGAUCAAGUGUAUGCUGCUAACUUACUUCAUCAUCAUCCUGAUAAUUUUUGUUGUGAUGCUGGUUGGCGGAAUACUGGGCUAUGUUUUCAAGGAGAAGGUCAGGUACACCAUGGAGCAAGAAAUGUACAGCUCCAUCAAAUUCUACAAUGAGAAGAGAAACAUUAGACGCGCAUGGGAUGAUACACAGGAAAAUUUGCAAUGCUGCGGCGUGACCAGCUAUGCGGACUGGAAAGGAAACAUUCCUGACAGUUGUUGCCGAGAAAUCGAGGGAAAGAAAAUUCCUUGCAAAAACUUUCAAACCCAACUGAAUAUCUACACUGACGGCUGUUUGAAUGUGACCGAAAUUUUUGUCAAGGAUCAUGCGUCUAUAUUGGGAGCAGCCGGUAUAUCUGUUUCAUGCCUUAUGCUAUUCGGACUGGCUUUCGCUUUCAUCUUAUUCAAGAUAAUAGAAUGAACUGCGAGAUUGUAUGGUUAUUGUUCCAUUGCUGCCGGGGUGGACUUCUAAUAUUAUUGAUUGUAUUUAUUGUUGUAUUUUAUAGUAUUUAUUGAUAGAAUUCUAUUGAUGACAUUAUUUUUUAAGAUAGUAUAGACCAAAAUUUGCUGGCGCUCUUGAGCUACACAUGGUUCCGUCCAAAAUUACCCUAAUUAACGACAUAUUUUAUCAAUUUCACUUAGCUAAAUAUCGACGACUCCGUACAAAUUUUACUACAAAUAUUAGUUUUAUAAUUCGAAUGUUAUAUUUUUCAUAGAGCCUGACCAGUUUGAGAUUUGUCUUACUUUGAAAAAAAUUGUAAAAAUGCUACAAACUAGUUACGAUAAUAUUAGAGCAUUAUUUAUUUGAAAAAAUAUGGAGUUUCUAGAAGUAAACUUAAAGUGAAUUGUACUGGCAGGUACUGUAUUCUCAUGUAAACAGAAUGUGUGUUUUCUGCCUAAUAUAAAAGCAUAAUAUUCUGCUAGAUUGAUUAAUUAUUCUGAUGGAUAGAAUAGACAGAAGAGGCUGUGGUUUAUAACUGCGCGAGGUCUACUGUUCACAGAACUACAAGUAUAGAAGACUCAAUCGUUUAAUGAAAUAUUCAAUUAGAUUUGCAGUUGCUAGCAUACCGUACGGUAUUUUAUGAAAUAAAUUGAGCAUGAUUUAUUCGUGAAUAAAAAAAAUCCUUGUACAUUUUAGGACAGUACCUACAUAUUUCAAGAUUGAACUUGAUGAAAGCCUUGAACUGCUUUGUGAAAUAAGAACUAUUCUUAGUUUGUGUAGGUAUAUUAUGUCGGAAUAUAUUUGUGUGUGUGUGUGAUUGAUUUUUGUAUAAUUAUUGACUUCAACGUUUCAUAUUAUAAAUGAUAAUAUUUCAAUAAUUUUAUUUAUGGACAUAAUAAUAAAUGUUUAUCUUGAAUCUUGUUAUGGGCUAAUAAAAAUAGACUUGCUUGUAAAUAUAUCUUAAGAAAUAGAAGAAGUUUUAAGCAAUAGCCUGUUUCUUUUCUUUUCUGACUAUUGUAUUGUUUGCUCUACUGUAUCCAAUGAAUAAAUAAAUAAAUUUUGGUCAUACCAAAAUAAAUUUUAUCAUUUGAUAAUUAUUUUUUCUUACCUUUGUACAUGUUUGUAUCAAACAUAUAAUUUAAAUAAUCAUUCUCUCCUGUAUUGAAACAUUAUUCUUCUCCCAUACUAUCAUAUAUUGUGAUCAUUGUUACAUAUUUAAUCACAGAAUUUAUUGUUUCGUUUUUGUAACCAUGUCACCUACCUUUCUGUGUGUUGUAAUUGAUAAGGUGAUAUUGUGGUAUAUUGAAUAAAAAAUUAUUAUAUUGAAUAAAAACGAUUUCAAUUUGGAAUUGCCGCAUCAACUUUGAAUUUAUUUUAGAUAUUUACAAAAUGUUUCAAUAAAUAAGAAGUUGUGACAAUUUUAAAUAGUUUUAAUCAAUAAAUUAAAAUAUAUGUAAUUUUUUACCAAAGUAAAUUUAUGUUUCAUCAUCA